AUGGCCACUCUGUCCGACAAGGAGGCGUUUGAGCUUGCGUACGAGGAGGCCAAGAAGGGCUUUGAGGAGGGUGGCGUGCCGAUUGGCGCCGCCCUCGUCUCGGCCGACGGCAAGCUCAUGGGCCGCGGCCGCAACCUGCGCGUCCAGAGCGGCUCGGCCAUUCACCACGGCGAGACGUCGGCGCUCUUCAACAGCGGUCGCCGGCCCGCCGGUGACUACAAGGGCAGCACCAUGUACACCUCGCUGUCGCCCUGCGACAUGUGCACCGGCGCGUGCCUGCUGUACGGCGUGGGCCGUGUCGUCAUUGGCGAGAACCGGACCUUUUUGGGCGGCGAGGCGUACCUCAAGCAGCGCGGCGUCGAGGUGGUCGUGCUGGACGACCCGCGGUGCAAGGCGCUGAUGGAUGCCUUCAUCGAGAAGAGCCCGGAUCUGUGGAACGAGGACAUUGGCGUCGAGGAGCACACCCGCGUCAAGGCCGGCACCAUUGAGGCAUAA